AUGGAUGGAGUAAAAAAUCACCCGCAGGUUCAUUUAGAACUCGACCACACAAGCAUGUUGACCGUACUGGUUUUGGCUGCACUGUUGGUGGGUUUGGGUAAAUCACACCAGUUGAGCGCAGAAGAAUGGAAAUCUCUGAACAACCCAACGAGCAGGAUGCUGUUUUUCCAGAUCAUGCAGUCGUAUCUGGAUGGUAGAGAGGCUCAGACUGGAGCCGGCAACAUACGGACGGACGUACUGAAAGACGGAAACAGCAACGUGGCCGACAGUGCGUUCGAUAAUUACAAAUAUCUGGACAACAGCAUAUUUGAGUUGGAUUGA